AUGCCGCCCCAGCCACUACCAUAUGAAAUAUGGUCCCACAUUCUCUCCUUCUGCGUAGAGCAGCCCGACAUCGACGGAUACAUCGACACCCACACCCUGGCCAACGCUUUGCGUGUCAGCUCGACCUUGUUCUUGGCCGCUGCCCCCCAUCUCUACUCGAGGGCUGCUGUUGCCAAAGAUCCUCACAGCUUUGUACUCGGCGCCAAUCACGAUACUGCUGUCUACCCUUCCUCCUUCUGGUCCACCGAGCAAAUCGACCACGAGUAUCUCCGCUGGGGCCACAAGAAGGCGCCCCUUCUCCGUCAUCUUCGCCAAGUCACAUUCUUCAGCGUCUACAGCAGCGGCUUCACCGACACCGCGGCGCCUGAUCCUUACGCGCACAUCAUUGCUUCCAUAGGCGAAGCCAACGCCAUCCUCGCAGACAUAUUGCAUAAACGCAGUGACAAAAUUGCGCCCAAGUUUGUAACUCUCUGCUUGCGUGACCCGUACGAGCUUCCCCCUUACCAUAUACCCAUCCCUGCGUACCAGCACUUCGUCCAACUGUUCACCCGCGCCUUCAGACCCACACUUCUGUGUAUGGACACUGUAGACCCUACGUUCUCUCCCAUUCUGAACAAUGCGAAGGAUACACUCUCCCCGAGCUGGUCGUCAUCCAUUGCGACUUGGACUGGAAGCUGA